AUGGAUCGCUCUGCUAUUCCUGCAAUUUUACGUGAACUCAAUAUCCAUCCAGAUCUAGUUGCUUGCAUUUACAAUUACGGUUCAUGGGUGUACGGUACAAACUCGGCAACAUCUGAUCGUGACCUUAUGAUCGUGACGCGUUCGUCCGCAAAUGUACCAUUAGUAUUUAACGAUGAAUUCGAUUAUUUUCAUGAAUUUGACUUGCACAAGCUAUGGAAUCAAUACGAUGUUUGUGUUCAUAGUGUUGAAAAUUUUGAAGUUCUCCUGAAAAAGAAUUACAUGCUUGCUAUUGAAUGCGUAUUCUUACCAGCAGAAUUCAAAAUCAAGGAAGAUAUUAAUUUUCAGAAAAUUUAUCUAGACAAGUAUUAUGAUCCAGUAAGAUUGAAAACUGUGGCAUUCUAUGAAAACUAUAUCUCUCAAAAAAUGUACGAUCUUGAAGAUCAUACAUUGUAUCCUUUACGUAGUCAAGAGCCCGAUUUAGACACAGAAUCGAAUAGAAAUUUUUUGUUCAAAAACUUAUUUCAUGGCUUUCGUUAUUUGGAUUUUGGUCAACAGUUGAUUGAAUCAAAAUCAAUCCAAGACUUUCAACGUGUGUCACAUGUCCUAGGUGAAAUGAAACAAAUACGCGAUAAUUGUGAUGAAACUUACGCCUGGGAAAGUGUAUUGGAGUUUGUCAAAGCAAAAAGUGCUGAACACAAAUCUCAACUAGAUACACUUGUGCCAACGAAUAUUGUUAAAGGAACGUUUGAAACACAUGUGACACUUGAUUGUUCAAACAACACAGAAGAAGUGAUCGAGAAAUUGAAGAAAGCAUGCGAGAAUACUAAGUAUAAAGUUAUCUUCAUUGAUUUGAACAGUCACAAUAAAAAAGAAAAAAAUCAACAACUGAUGACUUCAUCAUACCAUUGUGGAGAAUAUCCGGCAAUUGUAUCAGAAAUCAACGAAGAAGUUCAUAAGCAUUUCCGUGAUUUCAACAUUGUACGCGUGAAAAUCGAAGCGUUGGCAUCAAAUGACGGCAUUCCAGAAACUGAUAUUGAGAAAAAAUUAUUCUGGGAUGAUAAAUCCAACUAUUUUGAAUUCCAUUACAAAGUCUUACUCAAAAUCGACAACUAUGGAAAAGCGUACAAAGAGCUCGAAAACAUCUGUAAUUACUCGCGUGGUUUACAUUUAUCGCGCAAUGCAUUUCAGCGUUUGAAUGAAGACAAUUCUUAUUAUCUGAUUACAAAGCGUCUAUUUGAAAACGGACGAAAGUCGGCAUUCGAAAUAAAUGAUAGAACGAUUGAUUAUUUAACCGCCCGCAAAUAUCCACCAUUGAAGACAGUGCGAGAAUUUGUAGUGUAUGAUAGUUUUAUUGAACUUGACAAGGAUUGGAAAUAA